UUGUCAAUAAACCCACACACAAUUUUAAAAACUAUAAGUUUACUAUUUAUUAAUACUAACUAAUCUUUUCAAUCUGCUUGCAGUAAUCUAUGUUUAACUUAUGUACCAAUGGCAGUAUUAUUAAGUAGCCUUCAGUUUAAAAAUGACCAUCUGUAUAUUUAUUUUCUUUACAAGAACUAGAGAUAAAUAACUUAAAUAAUUUUAAAAAAUGGGUCUUUUAGCUAUUUUGCGUAAGCUUCGCUCAAAUCCAGACAAGGAAUUGAGACUUUUAUUAUUGGGGUUAGAUAAUGCAGGAAAAACUACAAUUCUUCGCUAUUUAGCAAAUGAAGAUAUAACCCAGAUUACACCAACACAAGGAUUCAACAUAAAAAGUAUACACAGCGAAGGUUUUAAAUUAAAUAUUUGGGAUAUUGGUGGUGCUAGAAAAAUUCGUCCAUAUUGGCGUAACUAUUUUGAGAAUACCGAUGUUCUAAUAUACGUGAUUGACAGUGCAGACAUAAACAGAUUGGAAGAAACUGGUCAAGAAUUAUCAGAACUGCUGAUUGAAGAUAAGCUUUAUAAAGUUCCACUGCUAAUUUACGCAAAUAAACAAGAUAUGGUUCAAUCUAUCACAACUGCUGAUAUUGCUGAAUCACUAGGGUUGCACAAGAUUAAGGACCGGGACUGGCAAAUUCAAGCUUGUGUUGCUAAUAAAGGAACAGGAAGGUUUAGAGUGGGCUUGCAAGAGUAUCAUGAAAAAGUAAAUUCAUUGACUCUUAAUACAAGGUAUAAGGAUGUAUUUAAAAAUAUAAGCGAAAUUUAAGACUUUACAUUAUUUUUUUUAAUUUGCACAUUUUUGUAUCGCUUAAUUUUAUUUGACAUUUAUCUAAUAUUUACAACAAUUAUGUAUACGAAUCAGCUAUCUACGUUUAUGUAUAAACAAGUCUAGUGAGUGGAUUUUCUGGCUUGACUAUUUCCAAUUAUUUUCAAAAAUAUUUUUAAUCACCAUUAUUUUCACAUUUGUAAUAAUCAUAAAUGAAUUUUCAUGGACGGAAAGUUCGAUUUUACAUAGAAUUAUCGUUAAACAUGUUUAAUCUCUUUCUAUCACAACUACAUAUUAUCGUUCAUAUUGACAUUUCUUCAUUCUUUUGUAAUCUUAGAACCUACGCAUGUUCUAUUAUUUUUUAUUAUCUUCAUUGAAAAAAGGUUAAGUGAAUGCUA